GCCGCACUGGCCCGAACUAUGGGUCAAAGUGGACUCGACUCUCUUUGAGACUGAGCUCCAUAAUUUGCUCCGAAAAUUCCAAUACCAUUUCGAGUUAUUCGGUGACUUUCCCCGUUGUGAGGUUGUUAAGACGCGUUUGUGACGUCACAAGUCUCCCACCAUUUCGCCCCCUGAUCUCAUUUCCAUACGUCACUUGAGUGGCGUCUGCUGGAGGUUUUAGGUCAUGGCCGGUUUCACAUACAGAGGGACAUCUGGUCGAAAACAAUGGCAAGUGCGACGAGAUGCUGGGUACGAGACUCUGUAUGGAUUGCGUGGUCAGCUCGCUAAGGAUGGCUGUGCCGAUUCACAGUUUGUUAUAGCCAAGGACCUACUGCAAGAUCAAGCUGGGGAUAAAGAGGAAAAUGCCAGACAAGGAGUAUACUGGUUAAUUAGAGCAUCAGAACAAGGCAAUGAAGAAGCUACGCACACUUUGCAAGAAUGUUUGGAGAAGGGGCAAGGAAUCACAGAACUAAAUUUCCCCGACGUCAAAGCCUGCCUAACCAUGCCUCAAGAGGAAAAAAUAGCUCGCAGAGCAGCGCGUAAAUUGUUUGAGAGGUUGUCAGCUGGAGAAGAUUAUAUUACUAGUGAACAAUUAAUUCGUGAAUUUCAAAGAGUGAAACGUGCAAUAGACAUCUCAGCCAGUCAUCGCAGAUGGUCUUUCAACCAUCUCACAUUUGGUUACAAUCCUACGGAACCAUAUAGCAAUCCUAGAAAUACUGCUAGACCUCUCGAAGGUAUAUCAAACAAGGAUACAAAAGCUAAUGGGGUGAAUGGUUCCUCUUUUGACCACCUAAAUCAUGCCAGUGAUGAUGAGGAUAAGCCUGGCACUCAUUCUGAAGAUUGGGCUGGUCGAGCUGAUCCACCGGGAGAAAAGUUGUCAGAAGAACAUUUAAUAUCUGCUGCUGUGACCUAUGCUCAUGGAGAAUUGCCCCUUGUGCAGAGAAUGUUUGAUCUUCAGAGGCCUCCACCAGCCUUAUCUUUGAACCCACUAAAUAUUAUUUCUUAUGCCUAUGUUUCUGUUCUUUCUGCUAUUGGUACACAUCGUACCCUUAUUAGUCGUCCACUGGUGUCAACUACACUUCAGGUUCUUCUAGCACUAAUUGUUUACAAUUUAAUUGAGUCCGUGGACUGGGCAGCAGUAGUCCCUGUUGCAGUAUAUCAUGGCUCUUUCAUGGCAAUGAUUAUAUUUACAUGUCAGAUGUUACAGCAUCGUCAUGAGUUUCAGCACUUCAGGGUCUGGUCAGGUCUCUUUUUGCGUUACAGUGAGGGUAGCCUCAAUCCAGAUGAAGCAGAAUUCCAGUAUUGCAAAAAUAACUUGAAACCAUAUGCUCACUUCUUUGUUGCUCUGAUGGUUAAUUUAAUGAUCUAUCCUCUUCUUGCCCCUCAUUGGACUCCUCACAGUGAGCUCACUGUGUUGGCCUCAAGUCUGAUGUUCCUGUCUCUCUAUGCAUUCCUCAACUCUGUACCACAACCUUUAGGAAUUCGUCGCCCUUCAAAUUUUGAAUUCCCUCGGAAGCAACCCGACUUUUUAGUGUUGUUUUCCUUUGCUGUAAAUGUUCUUGCCAAAUAUCCUUAUGAUUUGGAUUCUGUUGUGACUCAAAGUUGGAGAUUUCUUGAUGUUAAGAUUCCCACUUUUCCAUCCUAUGUCAUAGGACAUGGCAUUGAGUUUUGUCUGAACUUUCGGGCUGUGUUUUAUCUCUUGAUGCCAGCAGUAUUCUUUAAGAUUGCUGCCCGUGAUCGCUGGCGAGGAACAUACAGGACUUUGAUUCCUCACUGUGUAACUUUGGCCUGGUGGCAAAUUGCUGUACUAACUGCUCAAGGCAGCACCUGGUAUGGCCUAAUUAGGGCAGCUCUAGCCCUUGUUGGCGUGGUUCUAUUUCUUCCACUUGCUGGUUUGGCAACAAUUCUGUUGCCUCUGGCUGCGGCAAUACAAAUGUGGUAUUUAUCUGCUGGAAGGGAAGUUCUACAAGCAUCAGCCACAGCCCUUGCUGCUACUCCACUGCUUAUUCUCUUGUGGUUGCGUGGACGCAAGAGCCCACAAGGAUCUCAUCCAGCUCGAUUAGCUAAAGGGGCCAUAAUUUUGCAGAUUAUUAUUGCAGUGGGAGCUGCCAUAUUACUAGUAACUCCUGCUUUUAUAAAUAUUGAUGCAGACAAUAUACAUAGUCACUCAGAUUCAGAACCACAUGUCAUUGGUAGUGUUGUCGACCGAGAAGUAAACAAUGAAGUGCUGACAUGGGAGCAAUUUGAAUCAAUGUGCCACAGACCAGCAUGGGAGCGAAGUACUGUGGCACAUGUGCAACAGCUUUGUUCUCCUCUUGAAGGGGUUCGAGUCAAGUGGAAUGGGUAUGUGUCAAAUGUCAAAGUCACAAGAGUUCGCAAUGCAUGGGCAGAUAUUGUCAACCGUUUACCGAGCUCUUUGGGAUCCAUGGUUGCAUGUGCGAUUGCUGGCAAUACUUUGAGCCAAUCUUCAGAUCAUUGCAGCCCUACUUUAUAUCCUACACCUUCCGAUCAACAACACUGCAAACGUAUCUUGCAACUCUCCAGUCACACUGGCCGAUGCUCAUUGACAGAUUGGGACAGGUACGAUUUUGAGUUGGAAGUGCAAAUGAAAACGGGCCUGUGGGGAAAGUCUACCGUCGACGUUUAUUUGACUGCUGGUGAUUCAUUCCGAAACAUGACAUAUCACAUCCGGCAGGGAGACCACAUUUGGUUUGGAGGGUCAAUUACACAUCUUGGACCUGAACCUCGAAUACAGUUGGAAACCAUGGGAUGUCUCCAAUGUGAAAGGGGUCCUAUUUUACUGUGGGAAAAGACGCUUGAAGGUUUUACUCUGACAGCAGCGUUUAAAUACCUUUAUGUCUGUGUUAGGUUCAUUCUUAAUUGCUUGUUAAAUCCAAUUGUCAAUUUCAAGUAACAUCAAGAUGAGAUGUGAUAUAAACAUACGAUGUAUGACUCCUGAAAAGCUUCAGGAAGCACUAAUUUUACAUGGACAUAGACUAGAAGGUUUUACUUCAACUAAUUGUGUGUGUCUGCUGUGAUAUUUGGCAAUACUGUAUGAUGACAUUUUUUUGUUUUCCUUUACAAAACCAUUGAAAUUAGUAUCUUUUAAUCUUCUUUGAGUGAAUCUUGCCUUAAUGAAACUGUCUUUCAAGACUUAUCUUUAAAUUUGCGCACUUCCAAAAUGCCAUGUCUUACCUAAAAUGAAUAUUAGUCAUCGAUACUAUAGGUCCAGGCGAAUAAAUCUUAGAGUAUGUGCAACCUGUGAUAUGUUUUCUUUCUAAUAUAUUUAUAUAUUUUUAACAAGUACAGUAUUGUUUCCUUUACCUCUUGUUCGAUUCUAAUGUCUUAAUUUUAUAACAAAUAAUUAUUUGUAAGUGUUUAACAGUGUUCUACAUGAGCCACUAAUCUUUUUUUACCAUUUUAUUAUGAAAGAACCAAAGCUGAGAAAGAUGAUUUGCUUAAUGUUAUUUGGACACAUCUCCUGUCUGUUUACAAUCAAACAAUGUAUAUAAUUAAAACCAAAUAUUGUAGUAAGGUGAUGCACUGACUCCAAUAUCAGAUAUCCCUGUGAACUAAUCUGUGGAGCAAAUAUAUACACAAAUACGUGUGCAAAUACAGUUUUUGUUGUUGCUUUGGUUUCAUUUAGAAAAAUUUA